UUUAAAGGGUGGACAAUUGUACCGCCCAUACGAUCAACUAGCUGCAACAGAAAGUCAUGCUUCCGGUCAACGAGUUGCUACACAAACACUGAUCACAUCUGGGCCCGGUCUUAAACUUGACCAUCAGACAUCGUUAAAUGGAUACGAUGAACAAAACGGAAAAUUGCCUUCCAAAGCUAGAAUUCACACUCUCGGUGGACGAAGAACAUGCUCUCACACUGUACGAGGAGCUCGAGCAGACGGACAUCAAUCCGACCAAUCUCAACGUAAACUGUUGCUGUGGUCUGCUACGCACCUCACCCUUCCACCAGCCAAAGUCUUCCUCAAGCCCUACCGGACGCCUUCAGGUGGAUCCGUUGCGACGCGAAGACGGUGCACAAAAUAGACAUCACGAGCAUCAUCAUCACCAUUCGGAAGAUACGGACCAUGACUUUCAUAUCUCUACCGGUUCCUGCGAGGAGUACGAAUGUGAUAACACGCACUCCGAUCGAUGGCGCCAAAAUGUAACACGCCGCAACGAACGGUACCGAUCGUUUGGGUUGCUCGAGUCCAGUAUUCUUAACAGCUUUCAGCUGCAAAACUUUCGCCGCAAGACGCCCAGUGUUUUCGACUCGUCGAGCUCAUCGGGACAGACGAGCUGUAGCUCUACUGCAUCGAGCAUGAUUGAGGACAUUUCGGACAAGAUCGACGAAAUUGGCAAGCUCGACAGCAACAUUCAUUCGCUCAUGUACAAAUCGGUUGAGCUGCAUAAUGACAUACUGUCUUUGGAAGCAACCACCAACCGCUUAAUAGCCGAUGCGAAGAAACUCUCAGACGACCUGGACGAUGUACGAUUCCUGGACGAGCUGAUCGCCAUCCUUAACGGGGACAUUGGUCCAGUGAUACACCGCGAAUGGCCGUACAAAAUCGACACAGACGCCCCAAUAGAGGAAGGCACACCGGUCACCUAACCCACGGACCCA